CAGUCAGGCUGGAGAGGCGCUGCGCGGAGAGUCGCGGAUGUGGCGCUGUGGGGUGUCUCGCGCGUUGAACCGUUACCGGAGCUGUGCUGUGUCUGUGGGGGGCAGUGAGGAGCUGUGAGCUGCAGGACGGGGUCGGUGGGACCCCUGGAGGGAUGCUGCGGUUGUGCUGUCCAGGUUUGGAUAUUUCGCCGGAAGGCAGAAAGUCACACUGAAUGUCAACUGAGCCGUUUUCAAAAGCACGGCAGCAGCUGGGAUGUUGCGUCAGAACGGAGGAAGUAACAAGCGUGGUUUGGGAUUUGCCCGGUUCUCAACUUCGAACUUCUUCAAUAUCUCAAGUUCUGCCAGUUGGGGAAUGGGAAGAAGCACCAAAAGCAACUCGCUAAGCAGCAUUAGCACCAAUUCGGAUUGCUAUGAUGGUACCAUAGUUGAUCCAGAGUACAUCAUGCAGUUGGUAAAUGAUGUCAGGAAGUUUGCCGACAUUCUCCUUUACCUGAAGGAAGCCCUUCUGUUGACAGAAAAUCAGGAAUGUUUACAUCAGGUGGUCCACGAACGACUAGGGGACCUUCUUCGUGUCCUGAAAGGAGUGAUAAGCAAACACCAUACCUUGAAUUCUGUUGAUAUUCUAGGAGCCGCUGGAACAGUGAUUGCGAAAGUUAAAGCUGUGAAUUUUAAAAACGUUAAUGAAGACAACAGGAGAGAACAUUUCAGUGAAAUCUUUUCAUCCAUCGACAAUUUAGCUUUUACCUUCGGAAACGUUGUAUCAGACUUCCUUAUGGGAGAUGUAGACAGUGGGUCAACAUUGGGACUUCUUUCAUCACGUCGAAGUCGGUCCUUUGAAAAUCUCUCUGUGGAUGAAACAGCAGGAUCAUUUCACGAACGAGAUGAGCUACAAGGCAACCUUCGUGCAGAAGAUCUUGAUAACAUGCUACUACAGAAUGACAGUGGCAUCGAAUCUGCAUUAUCUUAUGCUAAAGCUUGGUCGAAAUACACCAAGGAUAUACUGGCCUGGGUAGAAAAAAGGCUUAAUAUGGAAGCUGAAACUGCUCGCAAUCUGAUGAAAAUGGCUGAAGCUGCAAAAUCCAUAGUUGCUCCCCAGGAUUUUAUGCCAUUCCAGUCCAUUUUCUCUGCAGCGUUCCAAAAUGACAUUGAAUGCAGCCAAGUUUGUCUUCAAACGAUAGCGUCUCUGCAGAGUAACAAAUUCAUGCAGCCCCUCCAGACUAGACGAUCAGAGCUUGACAGGCUAAGGAAGGAACUAAAAGAUCUUUGGCAGAGAGAACAGAAGAAAAUGCAAGAGCUGGAGACUGCCUUACGCAAAGCUAAAUUACUGAAUGUCCAAAGACAAGAUGAACAUGAAAAAGCCAAGUGCAGCACAAUACGUGCAGAGGAGGAGCAGCUCAGUAUGAGUGGAGGCCUUACGAAGGAUGGCAGCAAGCAGGUGGAGAAAAGGAGACGGCUUGAAGAGGAGGCUUUACAAAAGGCUGAAGAAGCGAAAGAGAAUUAUAAAUCAUGUGUAGCAGAUGUUGAAGAGAAAAGGAAUGAUAUGGAGAACUUCAAAAGUGACAUUUUAACACAGAUUCGAGAACUAGUCUACCAGUGUGAUCUUACUCUUAAAGCGGCCACCGUGAACUUGUUUCAGAUGCAGCAUGCCCAAGUCGUAUCCCUUCCUGUGAACUGCCAGUACCUUUGUGAGAAUGCCAAGCUUUACGAACCAGGGCAGCAGUACUCAGAAUUUGUAAAGAGCUUGCCCAAGGACAGUGGUCGCAUGGCAGCAAGGGCUAGUACUCAAACUGGAGGACCGCGUCUGUCAACAGAACAAGGGGACAGCAACCACGCAUUACAUGGAAACCUGACUCAAGGUUCAUCUGAAUUCCCUAUUCCAUCUCCUGCAGACAUUGGUAGUCCAGUGUAUGGCCGCUCUCACAAAUUAGGGCAGAAGAGAUCUAGCAGCAGCACAGACAUUCAAGGUGUAAGAGGUCCACCACCUUCCAGAUCUUGGUCUGUAGGCAAUCAGAAUGGUGGAAUGUGCAGUGAUUCAGAGAGUGCCGGAGGCAGCAGUGAGUCACGUUCCAUGGAUUCUCCAUCUGCAAGUCCAGGUGACUUUAAGAGGCGUCUUCCCAGGACUCCCUCUGAUGGCACCAUGUCUUCAGUAGAUGAUCUUGAUGAAAGGGAACCUCCAUCUCCUUCAGAUAAUGGUUUAAAUGACUUGGUUUCGGAGAUUGCCAAUUCCCCCGGACCCUUCAGAAAUACUGUCAUGUCCAAGGCAGCCCAGACACACAAACUCCGAAAAUUAAGAGCCCCAUCUAAGUGCAGGGAAUGUGAUAGCUUAGUUGUUUUUCAUGGAGCAGAAUGUGAGGAGUGUUCUCUUGCUUGCCACAAGAAGUGUCUGGAAACGCUGGCCAUUCAAUGUGGACACAAAAAGCUUCAUGGAAGACUUCAUCUGUUUGGAGUGGAAUUUACUCAAGCUGCUAAGAACACUCCUGAUGGCAUUCCUUUUAUUAUCAAGAAGUGUACCUCCGAAAUACAAAGCAGGGCACUAACAUUAAAGGGCAUCUAUCGGGUUAAUGGAGCAAAGUCCAGAGUUGAAAAGCUGUGCCAGGCUUUUGAAAAUGGAAAAGACUUGGUGGAGCUCUCAGACCUCUAUGCACAUGACAUUAGCAAUGUCCUUAAACUGUACCUCCGACAGCUUCCUGAGCCUUUGAUUGUGUUUCGCCUUUACCAUGAGUUGAUUGGACUAGCAAAAGAAAGUCAACAUGCUCAUGAAGAGGUUGAUGUAAAGCCAACUAGUCCGACGUUACGGAGACAUCCAUCAGGAGUUGAGCUGAACAGAGUCAUUCUUAAAAUACGAGACUUACUCAAACAACUGCCAUUACCCAACUACAAUACAUUACAGUAUUUAAUUGGGCACCUCUACAGGGUCACAGAAGAAGUCGAAGAAAAUAAAAUGUCUGCCAGCAACCUUGGAAUUAUAUUUGGGCCUACUCUUAUUAGACCACGUCAGACUGAUGCAGCAAUUUCACUCUCCUCUCUUGUGGACUAUCCAUAUCAGGCUAGAAUUGUGGAGCUUCUCAUAACAUACUAUGAUAAGGUCUUUGAUGUCUCUCUCGAGUUGCUCAGCAGUGAGGAAAUUCCCUCUGAGAAAGCCAUAUUAACAGAGGAACGGGAAUCACAGCAGAUAAGGAAGUCACAGUCACUGCCAUUUGGGAAUGAAAGUGUUGUGUCAUCCAAGCGAACUAAUUCUCUAGAUGAAAACUCGUUGCAAUUUCAAGGCACAGAAGACAACAAAAAUCUAAAUGAAGAUGUUACAGAAGAAAAUGAGCAAAAUUCAUGUCUGUUAGGGGACCAUUCAAGAAGUGAUUCUUCAGAGGCUUUAACCCCAUUGUCACAUGAGUCCGCUUGUGAUGAUCUAGAAUGUCCUAUGGAUACAAUUUCAGAGAAUGAAGUUUGUCAAACAAAAGGGAGCACUGAAGAUGUUUCUAAAACAAACUCACCAUUAACUGUAAAAUCUUAUAGACCAAUAACCAAAGUCCAGUUGAGGGCUGCGAGGUCCAAGCCCUUGGUUCGCCCUGUAAGUUUACCUGUUGAUCGGCUUCUUCCACCCCCUUUGCUUAAUGAGAAGAAUUCAAUAAACACUGGCGUUUCUACAUCAGAUAAACUUGUCAAGAAUCCCACUAUAGAAGAAGUUUCAGAGGCCAAAUCUUUACCUAUCCGUUCAUGCCACAGAUAUUCUUGUUACGAGACACAGGGCAGUCGAAGACCUUGGGACAGGCAGUACAAACAGUAUGACAUCACCCCUAGGACUGCAAUGAUUAUGACAAAUGUUCCACAGGAGAUUAGAGCGCAUGAAAGUGGACCUGCAGGCACAGUCAUGCCAUCUAACACACAAAUACCUACCAUACUUUCAAAAUCGCCUUCUUCAAGCCAUACCAGUGUGACGAAAAGUGAAGGAAAUACUGCAGAGUUUAAUCUGCUUGCUGCUCUAAGGGCACCAAGAACUUUGCAGCCCCCACCAGGGACCUUUUAUAAACCGCCUUCAUUUCAGGCAAAGCAAGCCGAAGAGACUCCUCAGAGCAGUAUGGCAUCUGCAAAUACCAAUAAAGCAUGCAGUCAAGUUAACAAUAACAAUGUGAAUUUAGUUGCAGACUCAGAUCUGGUAUCUGACAUGCAUGGACCUAACACAAAUACAAAACCUGUCCCGGAGGAUCCCCAGCUAAUAGAUGUAAAGCAAACAUAUCAGAGACUCAGGCCAAAACGUCUACAGGAACUGGAACACAGAGAGGCACAUUUUGUGUAAAAACAGGACUCAUGUCUGGUAGCUAGCAGAGAUGGAGGCAGCACUGCUAGUCACUGGAUUCGAGGGGUGGGUGUUUAAGUGCCAUUUUACAAUUUAUAAUGUAAACUAUUUUUUAACUGGAAAAAAAAACCUGAAGAAAUACUUUGAAAUUUCGCAAUUUGUAUGCUAAUUUUCCCCUCUUCUUCUUCUUCCAAUGAAAUGCUUAUGCAUUCAUCAAUUUAGAAGCAGUUUAUAAGGUGCACUUAGUAAAGUAUGAUAUAUUAAAAUGAUUAUUUAUAAUAAACAGUAUUCACACGUGGGACAAUGGAACAAACCAUUUUGGAGUGUAUAUUUUGUGUAUUAAGGGAAAAAUGAAAUGUUACAUCUCAAAAGACAGCAGCAAAGCAGGCGGACUUUGCUGGAUGAAAGCAUCUAUCUGUGCAAUUAAAAUGUGCUUCUAUAUAGAUAAUUUAAAAAACUUUCACUGCAUAUUUUAUCAUUACUGUAUGUAUAUUUUAUACGUGUGUCUUCAUCCAUUGCCAUUUUUAUGUGUUGUCACUUUACUAUUUUUACAGAGAUGAUGCACUUACUGAGAUUAAUGAUUUAAUAAAAAAAAAGGUAUAAAAUGUAAAUUAAUGGUAGAAAUGACCAGAGGACACAUAUGGAGGCCGGAAAGGUUAUUUGCAAGACUUUUCACUUACUUGCUUUUCUGGUCGCAUGUCUAUAUCAGGUUUGGAAGUUUUGGGCACAGAAGUGCAUUCUUGGAUGUAUAAUCCCAUCUAGUUUUGAAGCCCAUCCCUGGUUUAAAUCAGAGAACAGUGUCCCAUAUACCAUUUAUUUCAUUUUCAAUUUAAUGGAGUAAGCCUCCCUGCUGUUUGUUAGGAAUGUUGUCAAGUUACACAUUAUUGGAGUUGCCUAAAUUAUAAAUUAAAAUGUGAUAAGUUGACCUUUACAACCAAAUAACUACCAAAAAUGUUUGUGCAUCCAGUGUUGCCAAUUUGUAUUAAAAAAAUAAUAAAAAUCUUUUUUUUUUAUGUAUACACAUCUGUUACGUACAGUCAAAUGAAUAUAUUAACUUUUUUUUUUAACAUAUUUCAGAGUUGGUGGGUUAUAUAUAAUCUUGUUUUUUUUAACUUAUUAAAAAUUAGAUUAGCCAUUCUUGGCUACGUUUAAUGCUUGAGUUACCAGAAUGUUAUAUAAGCAUACUACAAAUCUGAAAUGAAAAGCAUUUUCUGCACAACUGUAUAUUGUAAUGCAGUUUUUCAUAUUAAAAUAUAAGGUAUUUUAUUACUCUA